AUGACCCAGGUGCUACAGCUGGACCCGGAGGCUUCGGACACGGACAUCAAGAAACGAUUCAGACAGCUCUCUAUCCUGGUCCACCCGGACAAGAACCAGGAUGAUGCUGAGCGGGCACAGAAGGCGUUCGAAGCCGUGGACAAGGCCUACAAGUCGUUGCUCAACGAGGAGCACAAGACGAACGCCCUGGAGGUCAUCACGGCGGCGCGGGAGCACGUGGAACACAACAUCAAAGAGAAGAAGAAGCAGCUGAAGAAGCAGGGGAAGCCGCAGAUCGUGGAGGAGGAACUCGACCCUGAAGCGUACAAGAAGGCGCUACACAAGCAGACCAUGAAGUUGUUCGCUGACCUGGAGAUCAAGAAACGGGAGAGGGCCACUCGUGACAUGCACCAGAGGAAGCGGCAGCGUGAGGAGGAGAUCGAGCAGGAGGAGUCGGAGAAGAAGGAAAAGGAGUGGCAGAAGAACUUUGAGGCGAGUCGCGACGGGCGCGUGGACAGCUGGCGGUCAUUCCAGUCGCAGGGCAAGAAGAAGGCGGCCAAGGAGAAGAGAUCCUUCCUGAAGCCCCCCAAGGUGAAGAUGGAGAAGAGAUGACGUGGACACGCGGUUACACACACACACACCUAGACACACACACACGUAGAUACACACACACAGACACACACACAGACACUCACACAUGUAGAUACACACACACGUAGAUACACAGACAUACACAGUGUCACACAGACACACACACACACACACAGACACACACACACACGUAGUUACACACACAGACACUCACACACGCAGACACACACACACACGUAGUUACACACACAGACACUCACACA